AGGUUAUUUAAAUAUUAUGUGCUAAAGGUGUCCCAUCUCCCCCCAUCCUACUAUAUUCAAAACUGUAUUUUGAAAGCAGUGCUUCGAAUUAUGUGAGUUUAGAAACUGUUAAUGCUGCGUUGUGUGUAUUAAAAUGGCGGCGUAUUCGAACCACGGUUCUAUGAGCGAACCAAACUCACCGAACGAAGAAUUCAACCACAGCAACCUUAGACGAAAACUGUCUAAAGAAGAAGUAGUUCGAAAGAAAUAUACAGUCUUAAAAAAACUUACGCGGAAAAGGAAACCCACAAGUGUGCCUGUGGAUAUUAAUAACCCUGAGAGCCCGAGUUCGAACGAACACUCCCCACUGGAAUGGAAUGAAAGCCCUGAUUCCACAGAUGCUGCUGCAGCGUCUUUAGCAACUGCGUUACCGUCCCUGCAACUAGCCAGCACGCAGAAAGACGAGUUGCAAACUAAGUUGUAUUCGGACGAAUCGUUUAGCUCAAAUUCCCAAAAUUCUGCAGUCAGUUCUUCUUCUUGUGAGAAAGUUGAUAAUCUCAUAUAUUCCAACAUAACACGUGAAACAAAAGAACACUGUCCUAAAAUAAGCGACCAAGAACCAGAGAAUAUUUCGCGCGAGCACAGUAGCCCGGAAGCACCCUGCGUGUUUGUCGAAAUGAAAGAUCUCUUUCAGCGGCCUCUCCUCGCAACGAAAAGUCAGUGCAAAUUAAAAUGUUGUUGCGAUUCUAAUGAUAGUAAAGAAACAACGAAGCAAGAAAACGGUUCGAACACAAAAGACAACAAAGGUUGUGAAACUGCUGGUUCAGUUCUUCAACCUACGGAUGUUCCUCACAAUAACAAUACAGAGGGAAGUAACGGGGAGAGUUCACUUUACAAAUAUUUUGACCCAUGCUAUCCUACUGUUAUACAGGACUCCAUUCGAGAGAUGGCACAGGAUUCGCGGUUUACUGACGUCAUAAUAGAAGUGGAAGGACACAGCUUUCGUUGUCAUCGUAUUAUUUUAGCAGCUAGUAGCCAAUACUUCAGGGCGAUGUUUUGCGCAAGUUAUCGAGAAAGAGACCAAUCCAGUGUUGAAAUUAAAGGGGUCACCAUUGAUGUUAUGAAAGUAUUGAUCAGAUACGCUUACACCUCGUACCUUGAAAUAAACACCGAAAAUGCUCAGACUGUAUUAGAGGCUGCAAGUCUUUUACAGUUCACCCGGGUUAUGGAAGCUUGUGCAAACUACUUCGCAUCGCAACUUUCCAUAGAAAACGCACCAGGUAUCAUGGAACUUGCACAGAGACAUAGUCUCACUGAGUUACAGCAGCUCGCUACUCUGGAAUGCGUCACACAUUUUAGCAAUCUGCGCAGUAGCUCAGAUUACUUGUGCAUGUCUUCCCAACUGUUCGAAGUCAUACUAAGUAGAGACGAUCUCAAUGUUGCAAAUGAAGAAGACGUGUUCGAAGCUGUAAUGUUUUGGUGUCAACAUGACACAGGGAAAAGAAAGUCGGAAUUGCCAAACCUUCUGCGCCACGUAAAACUACCCCUAAUUAAUCAGAACUACUUCGUACGUCAUGUUGAAACAAACGAGUUGAUUCGUUGCAAUGAGGAAGUCCAUGAUAUGAUGAUGGAAGCACGCAGAUACCACACUAUUGGUGGUGUAACUGAUAGAAAAGUAAUACCAAGGCACAACACUACGUUGCACCAGGUUUUUGUAACCGUUGGUGGAUGCAACAACCGUGACAGCUUCAUCGACGAAGUUUGCGUUCUCGAUUUCCAACAUAAAACCCGGGCAAGUUUGUGCCAGCUGCCUAACACUAAGUAUAUGGUGCAAGCCGGUGAUGGUGUGGUUUUAGACGUUGGGUUAGAAGGUGGCGAAAAAGCUAAAUGGGCGGAGUUUGCUUGCACGGCGUGGAGAAAUAACUUGGUCAUAUCUGGCGGAAAGGAAACAAAAAAGGAAACGUGGAUGUACAUUAUGUCGCUUCGAAGGUGGGUUCAAAUGGCUUCACUCAAUACUGGGCGAUGGCGCCACCGUAUGGUUGUCUGUAUGGGUGAUAUCUAUGUUGUCGGUGGAUAUGAUGGCUUACUGAGGGUUGACAACCUUGAGAAAUACGACGAGAGGGAAAACCUAUGGAUUGAGCGACGAAAUAUGCGAGAGGCGGUGAGUUCAGCAGCAGUUUGUGAAAGCGAGGAUCGCAUUUACGUCGUGGGUGGUGGACCAAGUGUUCGGAUAUCAACUGAAAAAGUGCAGGUGUAUGAUCCGAACACCGAUGAUUGGAGACUUAGUACCCCAAUGCCCGAUGCUGCAAAAUGCUUGAGCUCAAUUGCAUUACGAGGGAAGAUAUACGUGGUAGGUGGAACGCUGAGGUAUAUCUUAUGCUUUGACACAAGAGAAGAAAUCUGGUCCAAGAUCGGAGAAGACCUAUCAUGCGCACGGGCGAGCUGUGGUGUGACGUUGUGCAAUGAUAAAAUCUUUAUCGUUGGGGGUCGGGACGAAAGCGGGAAGGCGCUUGUUAGUGUGAGCUACUUAGACCCUGAGACACACAAGCUUCGAUUGGAAUGUAACAUGCCCACACCUAUAUCUCAUCAUGGCUGUGUUACAUUACAGAAACUUGAUAAACUACGUUCAAAGACGGUCUAAUUUUUGCCAUUUACAGAUACAUUUUACUUUUAUAUUCAGUUAAUUUGGAAGUAUUUUACAGCAUUCUAUUUUUUAUGUCAUAUAGAAAUCUAGAUCAAGAUUAGAGUUAAAUUUAAAACAUGCGCUUUUUAAACGUUGUGUCGCAGUAUACAGUGUUAGUUAUUCAAUACAACAUAUCAUUUUGUCGGUUGCCUUAAGGGUGUUAAAA